CUCUCUCACCCUCCUCCGGCCUCUUCCUUUAGAACCACCCUCACCCACACUCACGCUCGCACCCACACCACCGGCCGGCCGCCCGCGUCUGUCAACCGAAAGCAGCACAGCGCCCCCACGGUCGGUCUACAUCUACUACCCACCGCCUGGUUCUCCUCCGAAACCACGCCCGUCUACUAGUUGUGUGCCGAUCGAACUAGCGCGUACGUGAAAAAUGCACCGCCAGAUGGCCGCGCCGGUGGCUGCCGCUGUGGCGUGGGCGCCGCUGCUGCUGGUGCUGCUCUGGGCGGCGGGGUGCGCGGGCCAGGCGCUGGUGCCGGGCGUGAUGAUCUUCGGGGACUCGGUGGUGGACGCCGGCAACAACAACCGGCUGGCCACGCUGGUGCGCGCCGACUUCCCGCCCUACGGCCGCGACUUCCCGGCCACCCACGCGCCCACCGGCCGCUUCUGCAACGGCAAGCUCGCCACCGACUACACCGUGGAGAGCCUGGGGCUCAGCUCGUACCCGCCGGCGUACCUGAGCGAGGAGGCGCAGAGCGACAACAGGACCCUCCUCCACGGCGCCAACUUCGCCUCCGGCGCCGCCGGCUACCUCGACGCCACCGCCGCGCUCUACGGCGCCAUCUCGCUGGGGCGGCAGCUGGACUACUUCAAGGAGUACCAGUCCAAGGUGGCGGCGGUGGCCGGCGAGAAGCGCGCGGCGGCGCUCACGUCCGGGUCCAUCUACGUGGUGAGCGCCGGGACGAGCGACUACGUGCAGAACUACUACGUGAACGCCAUGCUGGCCGCCGCCUACACCCCCGACCAGUUCGCCGACGCGCUCAUGCAGCCAUUCACGGCCUUCGUCGAGAGGCUGUACGGGCUGGGAGCGCGGCGGAUCGGGGUGACGUCGCUGCCGCCCAUGGGGUGCCUGCCGGCGUCCGUCACCCUCUUCGGCGGCGGCGGCGGGGGCGGCUGCGUGGAGCGGCUCAACAACGACUCCCUCACCUUCAACGCCAAGCUGCAGGCGGCGUCGGACGCGGCCAAGAAGCGCCACUCGGACCUCAAGCUCGUCGUCUUCGACAUCUACAACCCGCUCCUCAACCUCGUCGCCGACCCCAUGAGCGCCGGGUUCUUCGAGUCUCGGCGCGCGUGCUGUGGGACGGGGACCAUCGAGACGUCGGUGCUGUGCCACCAGGGGGCGCCGGGGACGUGCGCCAACGCCACCGGCUACGUCUUCUGGGACGGCUUCCACCCCACCGACGCCGCCAACAAGGUGCUCGCCGACGCGCUGCUCCUCCAGGGACUCCAGCUCAUCUCCUAGCUAGCUGCUCAGUCCUUCCUCGCCGCUCCAAUGGCGCUCUGACACCGCACCGACCGUCUUGUGCAUGUCUGUCCGUUUACCUCCUGGCUUUUCUUGCUUGUCAUCUCUACUACCGGAUCAUCUCUCCUGCUGUUUUGUUUGCUUUCAACUACUACUGUGUUUCCGUGCUUUUGUGUGAUGUGAAUGUGAUCCGUAAUGUGAUAUAGCGGCACUGAAA